CUGCUCCCCCUCCCCUUUUACGCUCAAGCACUCACGCGCAUUACACACUCUGUCCCUACAUGAACACACACCAUUCCGGCCACUUGGAAAUUUCCCAUCACACCGCACAGGAUAUUAUUUUGCCGCUAAAUCAGCGGAACUCUCCGCCACAGUGCGCCCUGCGAUGCGCCAGAGGAGCGUCUGAAGCUGUGAAGAUCAGCGCACGCGCACGAGGAAGGAAGGCGGGCCUUUUCCAUUUCAGCGAAUAGGAGGUGUAGCUGCAGCCCCGCCGGCCAACAUGGUGGUUCUGUCACUGAAAAUUUGCGUCCGCCACUGCAACGUGGUGAAGACCAUGCAGUUCGAGCCAUCCACGGCGGUCUACGACGCCUGCAGAAUCAUACGCGAGAGAGUUCCGGAGGCGCAGACCGGGCAGGCUUCGGAUUAUGGUCUGUUCCUAUCUGAUGAAGACCCCAGAAAAGGCAUCUGGCUGGAGUCUGGCAGGACUCUGGACUACUACAUGCUGCGCAAUGGGGACAUUCUUGAAUACAAGAAGAAGCAGAGGCCCCAGAAAAUCAAAAUGUUGGAUGGGGCGAUAAAAACCAUCAUGGUGGAUGACUCCAAAACAGUCGGGGAGCUUCUUGUGACUAUAUGCAGUAGAAUAGGCAUCACCAACUAUGAGGAGUACUCGCUGAUUCAGGAGACGGCGGAGGAGAAGAAAGAGGAUGGGAUGGGAACGCUGAAGAAGGACAGAACGCUGCUACGCGACGAGAGGAAGAUGGAGAAGCUCAAAGCCAAAUUGCACACUGACGAUGACUUGAAUUGGCUGGACCACAGCAGGACGUUCAGGGAGCAAGGCGUGGAGGAGAGCGAGACACUCCUGCUACGACGCAAGUUCUUCUACUCGGACCAAAACGUCGACUCCAGAGAUCCGGUCCAACUCAACCUUCUUUACGUGCAGGCUCGAGAUGACAUCUUGAAUGGUUCACACCCCGUGUCCUUCGACAAGGCCGGCGAGUUCGGCGGCAUUCAGGCCCAGAUCCAGUUUGGACCGUAUAUUGAGCACAAACACAAACCUGGAUUCUUAGACUUGAAGGAGUUUCUUCCAAAAGAGUACAUAAAGCAAAGAGGAUCUGAGAAGAAAAUUUUCCAGGAACACAAAAACUGUGGCGAAAUGACAGAGAUCGAAGCCAAAGUGAAGUACGUCAAACUGGCAAGGUCUCUGCGGACUUACGGAGUGUCGUUCUUCUUGGUGAAGGAGAAGAUGAAGAGCAAGAACAAGCUGGUGCCGCGCCUCCUGGGCAUCACCAAAGAGUCUGUGAUGAGAGUGGACGAGAAGACCAAAGAUGUGGUGCAAGAGUGGCCGCUCACCACCGUCAAGAGGUGGGCCGCCUCACCCAAGAGCUUCACCCUGGAUUUUGGUGAGUACCAGGAGAGUUACUACUCUGUGCAGACCACCGAAGGCGAGCAGAUCUCCCAGCUCAUUGCGGGUUACAUCGACAUCAUCCUGAAAAAGAAACAAAGCAAGGAUCGUUUUGGACUGGAGGGUGACGAGGAAGCAACCAUGCUUGAAGAAUCUGUAUCCCCUAAAAAGUCCACCAUCCUCCAACAGCAGUUUAACCGCGUGGGCCGGGCGGAACACGGCUCCGUGGCGCUUCCCGGAGUGAUCCGAUCCGGCUCCAUCGGCACCGAGUCGCUCAGCGUGGGCUCCAUGCCGUCUCCUCAGCAGCAGAUCACCAUGGGUCAGAUGCAUCGUGGACACAUGCCGCCGUUGAGUUCAGCCCAGCAAGCUCUAAUGGGAACCAUUAACACCAGUAUGCAGGCCGUGCAGAAGGCCCAGAUUGACCUCGGGGAGGUCGACGAUCUGCUUCCAUUAGGACAGGACAUGGCCUCCAAGGUUUGGAUUCAGAACAAGAUGGACGAAUCCAAACACGAGAUUCACUCUCAGGUUGACGCCAUCACUGCAGGAACCGCUUCCGUCGUCAACCUCACUGCCGGUGACCCGACUGACACGGACUACACGGCAGUGGGCUGCGCCAUCACCACCAUCUCUUCCAACCUGACCGAGAUGUCAAAGGGCGUUAAGCUGCUGGCGGCUCUCAUGGAAGACGAGGUGGGCAGCGGCAACGACCUGAUGAAGGCUGCCAGGACACUAGCGGGAGCCGUGUCUGACCUGCUCAAAGCCGUGGAGCCAGCCUCCGGAGAGCCCAGACAGACGGUGCUGACAGCAGCAGGCAGCAUCGGCCAAGCCAGUGGAGACCUCCUCCGCCAGAUUGGAGAGAACGAAACAGAUGAGAGGUUCCAGGAUGUCCUCAUGAACUUGGCCAAGGCGGUGGCCAAUGCCGCCGCCAUGUUGGUCCUGAAGGCAAAGAACGUGGCCCAGGUCGCAGAGGACACGGUUCUUCAGAACCGAGUCAUUGCCGCUGCCACUCAGUGUGCCCUGUCCACCUCGCAGCUGGUAGCGUGUGCCAAGGUGGUGAGUCCCACGAUCAGCUCCCCGGUUUGCCAGGAGCAGCUCAUCGAAGCCGGGAAGCUUGUAGACCGCUCUGUGGAGAGCUGCGUCCAGGCUUGCCUCUCGGCCACAGAGGACGGAGAACUCCUCAAACAGGUGAGCGCGGCAGCCAGCGUGGUGAGUCAAGCUCUGGAAGAUUUGCUGCAACACGUCCGCCAGUACACCUCCAGAGGAGAGCCCAUCGGCCGCUACGACCAAGCCACUGACACCAUCAUGACCGUCACUGAGAGCAUCUUCACCUCCAUGGGAGACGCAGGAGAGAUGGUCCGUCAGGCCCGGGUGCUGGCCCAGGCCACCUCGGACCUGGUGAACGCAAUGAGGUCAGAUGCCGAAGCCGAGGUGGACCUGGACAACUCCAAAAAGUUGCUGGCGGCGGCUAAAUUGUUGGCUGAUGCCACUGCCAGGAUGGUGGAAGCGGCCAAGGGUGCAGCGGCCUAUCCCGAGAACGAAGAUCAGCAGCAGCGACUGAGGGAGGCUGCUGAGGGUCUUCGAGUGGCGACGAACGCUGCUGCUCAGAACGCCAUCAAGAAGAAGCUGCUCAACAGACUCGAGAAUGCUGCCAAGCAAGGUGCAGCGGCUGCCACGCAAACCAUCGCCGCCGCUCAGAAUGCCGCCGCCUCCAACAAGAACACAGCCGCCCACCAGCAGUUGGUUCAGAGCUGCAAGGCGGUGGCUGACCACAUCCCUCAACUGGUCCAGGGGGUGCGCAGCAGUCAGGCCAAACCGGAUGACAUCAGUGCACAACUUGCCCUCAUUAUUGCCAGCCAGAACUUCCUACAGCCGGGUAGUAAGAUGGUGACCUCCGCAAAGUCAUCGGUUCCCACGGUGACGGAUCAGGCUGCAGCCAUGCAACUGGGUCAGUGUGCCAAGAACCUGGCCACUUGCCUGGCCGAGCUGAGGACAGCUGCACAGAAGGCUCAUGAAGCUUGUGGCCCCAUGGAGAUCGACUCCGCACUCACCGCCAUCCAAAAGCUGAAAAGUGAGCUGCAGGACGCCAGUUUGGCUGCCGGUAAUGCACAGCUGAAACCGCUGCCGGGAGAAUCGUUGGAGAAGUGCGCUCAGGAGUUGGGCAGCACCUCCAAGUCAGUAGGGUCCUCCAUGGCUCAGCUACUUACCUGUGCUGCACAAGGCAAUGAACACUACACAGGCAUAGCAGCCAGGGAGACAGCGCAGGCCUUGAAGACUCUUGCCCAGGCGGCCCGCGGAGUAGCCGCAUCCACCACCGAUCCCAAAGCCGCCGCCGCCAUGCUGGACUCGGCCCGCGACGUCAUGGAUGGCUCGGCGCUUCUCAUCCACGAGGCCAAGGAAGCACUUGCUUGUCCCGGAGAUGCUGAGAGCCAGCAGAGGUUGGCUCAGGUGGCCAAGGCCGUGUCUCAUUCACUGAACAACUGCGUCAACUGUCUGCCUGGUCAGAAGGACGUGGACAUGGCUCUCAAGAGCAUCGGAGAGGCCAGCAAGAAGCUUCUCAUUGAAAAUAUCCCGCCAGCUUCCAAGACGUUUCAGGAGGCGCAGAGUGAACUCAACCAGACGGCGGCCGACCUCAACCAGUCUGCAGGUGAAGUGGUUCACGCCUCGAGGGGCUCCAGCAGCCAGCUGGCGGUGGCGUCGGGGAAGUUCAGUGAAGACUUUGACGAGUUCCUGGACGCUGGCAUCGAGAUGGCAGGGCACACUCAGAAGAGGGAUGACCAAGUGCAGGUGAUCAGUAACCUGAAGAACAUCUCCAUGGCCUCCAGCAAACUGCUGCUGGCUGCCAAGAGCCUGUCAGUGGAUCCUGCUGCAGCGAAUGCCAAGAACCUGCUCGCGGCCGCUGCAAGAGCUGUAACUGACAGCAUCAACCAGCUGAUCACGCUGUGCACUCAGCAGGCGCCCGGCCAGAAGGAGUGUGAUAAUGCUCUGAGAGAGCUCGAGGCCGUCAGAGGAAUGCUGGACAACCCCAAUGAACCCAUCAAUGACCUCUCCUACUUUGACUGCAUCGAGAGUGUCAUGGAAAAUUCCAAGGUCUUGGGAGAGUCAAUGGCGGGAAUUUCCCAGAACUGCAAGACAGGAGAUGUGAUGUCAUUUGGAGACUGCGUCAGAUUAGCGUCCAAGGCCCUGUGUGGGCUCACUGAAGCUGCUGGACAGGCAUCCUACCUAGUGGGUGUGUCCGAUCCCAACAGUCACGCAGGCCACCAAGGAUUGGUGGACCCAAUCCAGUUUGCGAAAGCCAACCAGGCAAUUCAAACAGCCUGUCAGAAUCUUGUGGACCCGGAAAGUAGCGCCUCCCAGGUGCUCUCAGCAGCCACCAUUGUUGCAAAGCACACAUCUGCACUGUGCAACGCCUGCCGCCUGGCCUCCUCCAAGACUACCAACCCAGUCGCCAAGAGGCACUUUGUCCAGUCGGCUAAGGAGGUAGCCAACAGCACCGCCAACCUGGUCAAAACCAUUAAGGCCCUCGAUGGAGAUUUCUCGGAUGAGAACAGGAACAGAUGUCGAGUGGCCACGGCUCCGCUCAUCGAAGCGGUGGAAAAUCUGACAAUAUUUGCGUCCAACCCAGAAUUUGCUAGCAUCCCGGCUAAGAUCAGCCACGAGGGUUCUAUGGCUCAGGAGCCAAUCAUCCAAUCAGCACGCUCCAUGCUUGACAGCUCCACCUACCUGCUCAAGACUGCCCGUUCGUUGGUUAUCAACCCCAAAGACCCGCCCACUUGGUCUGUUUUGGCCGGUCAUUCCCGCACCGUCUCUGACUCCAUCAAGAGUCUCAUCACGGCCAUCCGGGACAAAGCCCCCGGCCAGCGGGAGUGCGACUCAUCCAUUGAUAACAUCAACAAAUGUAUCCGGGACAUUGAGCAGGCCUCUUUGGCUGCGGUCAGCCAGAAUUUACCCAGCAGGGAUGACAUCUCUCUGGAGGCCCUGCAAGAGCAGCUGACAUCCUCCGUGCAGGAAAUUGGCCACUUAAUCGACCCUGUUUCCACUGCUGCCAGAGGCGAAGCUUCCCAACUAGGACACAAGGUGAGCCAGCUGGCCGGCUACUUUGACCCACUGAUCAGGGCAGCAGUGGGCGUGGCAUCCAAGCUGAAGGACCACCAGCAGCAGAUGACCUUCCUGGAUCAGACCAAGACCCUGGCCGAGUCUGCCCUGCAGAUGCUGUACGCCGCCAAGGAGGGGGGAGGAAACCGCAAGGCGUGCCACACGCACGACGCCAUCGCCGAGGCCUCCCAGUUAAUGAAGGAGGCGGUGGAUGACAUCAUGGUGACGCUGAACGAGGCUGCCAGUGAAGUUGGAAUGGUCGGCGGCAUGGUGGAUUCCAUUGCGGAGGCCAUGGCCAAGCUGGAUGAGGGAACACCACCUGAGCCCGAGGGCUCAUUCGUGGAUUACCAGACCAGUAUGGUGAAGCACUCCAAAGCUAUUGCAGUCACGGCUCAGGAAAUGAUGACUAAAUCGGUGACAUGUCCGGACGAGCUCGGAGGUCUGGCCUCUCAGGUAACGGUCGACUUCAGCCAACUGGCCGUCGACGGACGGAUGGCCGCCCACACGGCCGAGCCAGAAGAGAUCGGCUUCCAGAUCAAGACCCGAGUGCAAGAGCUGGGCCACGGCUGCAUCUUCCUGGUGCAGAAGGCCGGGGCGCUGCAGAUCACUCCCUCCGACGGCUUCACCAAGCGAGAGCUCAUCGACUGCGCGCGCACCGUCACAGAGAAGGUGUCCUUGGUGCUGUCGGCACUUCAGGCAGGCAACAAGGGCACGCAGGCCUGCAUCACAGCGGCCAGCGCCGUAUCGGGCAUCAUCGCCGAUCUGGACACCACCAUCAUGUUCGCCUCGGCUGGCACGCUCAACGCUGAGAAUGAUGAGUCCUUUGCCGACCACAGAGAAAACAUUCUGAAGACAGCCAAAGCUCUGGUGGAGGACACAAAGAUGUUGGUGUCAGGUGCCGCUUCCAGUCAGGACAAGUUGGCGCAGGCCGCGCAGUCAUCUGCCAAAACCAUCACCCAGCUCACUGAUGUGGUCAAACUAGGCGCGGCCAGCAUUGGUUCCGAUGAUCCAGAGACACAGGUGGUUCUGAUAAAUGCUGUCAAAGAUGUCGCCAAGGCACUGGCAGAGCUCAUCAGUGCCACCAAGUGUGCCUCCGGUAAAGCGGCGGACGACCCGUCCAUGUACCAGCUGAAAGGCGCGGCCAAGGUGAUGGUGACCAAUGUGACGUCCUUGCUGAAGACGGUAAAGGCCGUGGAGGACGAGGCCACGCGAGGCACCCGAGCGCUGGAGGCCACCAUCGAGUGCAUCAAACAGGAAAUGGCGUUGUUCCAGUCCCGGGACCCUCCACGGAAAACAACCACGCCCGAAGAGUUCAUCCGCAUAACCAAAGGCAUCACUUUGGCGACCGCCAAAGCCGUGGCCGCCGGCAAUUCGGCCCGACAGGAGGACAUCAUCCACACGGCCAACCUGAGCCGCAAGGCCAUUUCCGACAUGCUUGCCAGCUGCAAGCAAGCGGCGUAUCAUCCUGACGUCAAUGAGGAAGUGAAGAAUAGGGCGCUGAGAUUUGGAUCAGAGUGCACCACUGGGUACAUCGAUCUACUUGAACAAGUUCUCAUGGUGUUGCAGAGGCCCACUCCUGAGCAGAAGCAGCAGCUGGCUGGAUGUUCAAAACGAGUGGCCGGAGCGGUCACAGAACUCAUCCAGUCUGCGGAGGCCAUGAAAGAUGGGGGAUCUGAGUGGGUGGACCCCGAGGAUCCGACAGUGAUUGCGGAGACAGAACUGCUCGGGGCAGCGGCGUCCAUUGAGGCGGCUGCAAAGAAGCUGGAGCAACUCAAACCUCGAGCCAAGCCCAAGUUGGCAGACGAAACGUUGAACUUUGAGGAGCAGAUCCUGGAGGCGGCCAAGUCCAUCGCCGCCGCCACCAGCGCCCUGGUCAAAUCCGCCUCGGCCGCCCAGAGGGAGCUGGUGGCUCAGGGCAAAGUGGGCUCCAUUCCUGCCAACGCCGUAGACGACGGACAGUGGUCCCAGGGGCUCAUCUCGGCUGCACGUAUGGUGGCAGCGGCCACGAGCAACCUGUGCGAAGCGGCCAACGCGUCCGUGCAAGGCCACGCCAGCGAGGAGAAGCUCAUCUCGUCAGCCAAGCAGGUGGCCGCCUCCACUGCACAGCUGCUGGUGGCCUGCAAGGUCAAGGCUGACCAAGACUCUGAAGCCAUGAGGAGACUGCAGAUUGCUGGCAAUGCAGUCAAGAAGGCAUCCGACAACCUGGUUCGAGCCGCUCAGAAGGCAGCGUUUGAUAAAGCUGACGAAGACAACGUGGUGGUCAAGACCAAGUUCGUGGGAGGGAUUGCACAGAUCAUCGCUGCUCAGGAGGAGAUGCUGAGGAAGGAGCGUGAGCUAGAGGAAGCCCGCAAGAAGUUGGCUCAGAUCCGACAGCAGCAGUACAAGUUCCUGCCGAGUGAACUGCGCGAGGACAACAACUAAACCAAACACACAAACCGACGAACCCUUGAAAUGUCUCCUCUGCUGUGAGACUUGUUGGAAGCGAACAGUUCCGCGUAGUCUUCAAAACGAAGGCUUUCUCCUCGUACGACAACACAGCUACUUCGACUGAUCUCAAACCGAAUGUGACCCGAUUGGGAGUGACCGUAUGAAAUGUUCCAUUCACAAAUGAUUGUUUACCCGCAUUGAGAAGUUCCCAUGUUGUGUGAAAGCGUCUUUAAUGGCCAUGAGAAGUUACAUGAACUCAUUUACGAAGGAUGU